UCUUUCUUCUGUGGUUCCACUUUCUUGGCCAUAAAGUCCUGUUUUUUCGGUUGCACUACUAUAGGUUGAACUUGAUGACGCUUGACGGCUUUCGAAUCUGAGGAUAGUAUAUUAUCAUCCGACUUGGAUCUUGAAUGGACCUUCGGUUGCUGCUGCUGCUGUAUAUUAAUCUCUGAUUGCGAAUCUGAAUAA